AUGAGGACGGACUUGAUUGCGUUAUGGACCACCAUCAUAGGGACGUAUUCAAGCCUCGCUGCUGCUGUGGCACCCGAAUCUAUUCAAGCUCUUUCUGUGAGAGCACUCCCGAACGCUCCCGAUGGGUAUACACCUGCUGAAGCCAGUUGCGGUGACAGUCGCCCGACGGUCCGCAGCGCAGCGACCCUUUCACAAAAUGAAAAUCUCUGGUUAGAGAAAAGAAGACAAAAGACCACUGAUGCGAUGAAAGAUUUCUUUGGCCGCGUUACCAUUGCAGGUUUCGAUGCGCGGUCGUACAUUGAAAACAAUGCCAAAAAUAUUUCUGCGCUUCCGAAUGUCGGAAUUGCGGUUUCCGGCGGUGGAUACAGAGCCUUAAUGAAUGGCGGCGGCGCAUUGAAGGCGUUUGAUAGUCGGACAAAAAACUCGACUGGCCCCGGGCAGCUGGGCGGCCUGCUGCAGUCAGCCACAUACCUAUCUGGUCUGAGCGGUGGUGGGUGGCUCGUCGGAUCACUUUACAUCAACAAUUUGACCUCUGUGUCAGAGUUGGAGGCUGAUGAGGAUGGGUCGGUAUGGGAGUUCAACAAUUCUAUUCUCGAGGGCCCUACACAGAAGGGUAUCAAGCUACUCAAUACCGUCGAUUAUUACAAAGAAAUAUAUGAUGCCGUCGAGGGGAAGAAAAAGGCUGGGUUUGACGUUUCACUUACGGAUUAUUGGGGCCGAGCUCUCUCGUACCAGCUUAUCGAUGCCCCUGAAGGUGGACCAGCUUAUACAUGGUCCUCUAUUUCCCUUGGACAGGAUUUCAAGGACGGAAGUAUGCCUCUGCCCAUUCUUGUUGCGGAUGGCAGGAAUCCCGGAGAGUUGUUCAUCGGAGGCAAUGCCACAGUAUUCGAGUUUAAUCCUUGGGAAUUUGGCACAUUCGACCCGACCAUCUUUGGCUUUAUGCCGUUGGAGUUCCUCGGGUCGAAAUUCGAAUCAGGGUCCUUGCCCCGGUCGGAGCCCUGCGUGAGAGGCUUUGAUAACGCUGGCUAUGUCAUGGGUACAUCAUCAUCCCUCUUCAACCAGUUCUUACUGAACUUAAAUGGUGUUGAUGUUCCAGGAUUUGUCAAGGACGCAUUUGAAUCUAUCCUUGAAAGCAUUGGAAGAAGCAACAACGAUAUUGCAGCGUACGAUCCCAAUCCGUUUUUCCACUACUCCAACCAUACCUCACCUUUCGCGAAAGAAAAAUCUCUCAACCUCGUCGAUGGUGGAGAAGAUCUGCAAAACAUUCCUCUUCAUCCUCUGAUUCAGCCAGAGCGGCACGUCGACGUCAUUUUUGCCGUGGACUCUUCUGCCGACAACAAAUUCAACUGGCCGAAUGGCACCGCUCUUGUCGCAACUUAUGAGCGCAGCAUAACUUCCAGCAUUGCUAAUGGCACUGUGUUUCCAGCAGUCCCUGACGUGAACACCUUCGUAAACCUGGGACUCAACAAGAAACCUACAUUUUUCGGAUGCGACAGUGCAAACAUGACAGGCCCGUCUCCUCUGAUAGUCUACAUCCCCAAUUCACCAUAUGUAACUUUUUCCAAUGCAUCAACCUUCCAAAUGGAAUAUUCCGACUCCCAGCGUUUUGAGAUCAUUCAAAAUGGGUACAACGUCGUUACCAUGGGUAACGGUACUGUUGACUCGGACUGGCCUACCUGCGUUGGCUGCGCCAUGCUCAGUAGGUCGUUUGAACGCACAAACACGCAAGUUCCUGAAGCUUGUAAGAAGUGUUUCAAGACCCAUUGUUGGGAUGGUCGAAUUAACAGCACUGUUCCUUCAGUGUACGAGCCAGGACUGCUUCUUGGACCCUUGAAAACUACCAGUAUCGCAUCUUCGAGCAUUGCCCCAUAUUCUUUCACUUUGCUUAUUGCUGUUGGUGUGGCAGCGAUGCUAUUGUAG